CACCUUAAAUUGUCUUUGUGUAACAACUUUUGUUCUUCUCUUCACCCUUCACUUUCCUCUGCUAGAGUAAACUACCCUCAACUUUUAAUUUGUUUCAAACCCAUAAUCUCAAUCUCAACAUCUUUGAUUUCAACAAUGUCUUGCUUAGAGUUAGAAGUCUCUAAAGAGAACAAGUUCAAGGAAGAAACAGAUUUUGAAUCAGAAUCAGAAGAGUUGACUCUAGAUGGAAGUGUUGAUUUCAAUGGCCGUCCUGCAAUAAGAGCCAAAUCUGGAAGAUGGUCAGCUGGAACCAUUAUACUCUUGAACCAAUGUCUGGCAACUCUGGCAUUCUUUGGGAUUGGAGUGAACCUAGUGGUAUUCCUGACAAGGGUGGUAGGACAAAAUAAUGCAGAAGCCGCCAACAACGUGAGCAAAUGGACUGGAACUGUUUACAUCUUCUCUCUAGUGGGAGCUUUCCUAAGUGACUCUUAUUGGGGAAGAUAUAAAACAUGUGCUGUCUUUCAGGUCAUUUUUGUAAUUGGUCUGAUGUCCUUAUCGCUGUCAUCGUACCUCUUCUUGAUUAAACCUAAAGGUUGUGGGAAUGAAUCAAUUCAAUGUGGAAAACAUUCAAGUUGGGAGAUGGGGAUGUUCUAUCUCUCGAUCUAUCUCAUUGCCUUGGGGAAUGGAGGAUACCAACCGAAUAUUGCCACGUUCGGGGCUGAUCAGUUUGACGAGGAGCACUCAAAGGAGGGUCACAAUAAAGUGGCCUUCUUUAGCUACUUCUACCUAGCUUUGAACUUUGGGCAACUCUUUUCAAACACCAUUCUCGUCUAUUUCGAGGAUGAAGGAAUGUGGGCUCUUGGCUUCUGGCUGUCUGCAGGCUGUGCCUUUAUCGCACUGAUACUGUUUCUUGUUGGCACUCCAAAGUACCGACAUUUCAAGCCCAGUGGCAACCCUCUUGCCAGGUUCUGCCAAGUCCUUGUUGCUGCAUCAAGGAAAGUUAAAGUUGAAAUGCCAUCAAAUGGAGACGACUUGUACAACAUGGAUACAAAGGAGUCUUCUACCGAUGUGAACAGAAAAAUCCUCCACACACACGGGUUCAAGUUCUUGGAUAGAGCAGCGAUUAUAUCUUCAAGAGAUCAUGAUAACCAGAAAGGCACCUGUUCCAACCCAUGGCGUCUCUGUCCUGUAAGUCAAGUUGAAGAAGUGAAGUGCAUACUGAGACUCCUUCCGAUUUGGCUCUGCACCAUAAUAUACUCUGUGGUUUUCACACAAAUGGCUUCUCUUUUUGUGGAGCAAGGUGAUGCCAUGAAAACCACUGUUUACAAUUUCAGAGUACCACCAGCUAGCAUGUCUUGCUUUGAUAUCAUCAGCGUAGCUGUUUUUAUUUUCUUCUAUCGUCGAAUUCUCGAUCCAUUUGUGGGAAAACUUAAAAAGUCUGAUUCAAAGGGACUUACGGAGCUUCAGAGAAUGGGAGUUGGACUUGUUAUAGCUGUAAUAGCAAUGGUUUCAGCUGGAAUAGUUGAAUCUUAUAGACUUAAGCAUGCAGACCAAGACUGCCGCCACUGCAAAGGCUCGAGUACUUUAAGCAUCUUCUGGCAAAUCCCUCAGUAUGCACUUAUAGGAGCUUCUGAGGUGUUUAUGUAUGUAGGGCAGUUAGAGUUCUUCAAUGCUCAAACACCUGAUGGCUUAAAGAGUUUCGGAAGUGCACUUUGCAUGACAUCCAUUUCCCUUGGCAACUAUGUAAGUAGCUUACUUGUCAGUGUAGUUAUGAAGAUCUCUACGGAGGAUCACAUGCCGGGGUGGAUCCCAGUAAACCUCAAUAAAGGUCACCUAGAUAGGUUUUACUUCCUCUUAGCCGCCUUGACAUCGAUGGACUUAAUUGCCUAUAUUGCAUGUGCAAAGUGGUACAAGAGUAUACAGCUGGGCGAGAAACGCAAAGAGAAUGAUGAGCCAGGUAGCUUCAAAGUCUAAUUUGCAAGGAACAUGAUUCAAAGGCAAUGCUAAUAAGAGAAUGAAGGAGCAACCAGUAGAAACCGGUAGAAAUAAUCUUGCUUUUAUCUUCUAUUGGAAGAAAUGCAUUGCAGGUUUGCAGAAAGUGAAGCCCUUCUUACACGAGUCUCCGAUUCUCUAGCAACUUUAAUUCGUAAUUAGGACACCUUCUGAUUUUCAGUUUAUGUUCUUCAAGCCCAGUUGUGUUAGCUAAACCUCAAUGAGACGGCGACUGUUUUAGGGUCCCAAGAAACUUCCCUUCUAUCCCAUUUGUAAGUUCCAUUGAUAAAUAUUGAGUUAAAUAUGCUGUUUGGAUUUCCAA